AUGUCUACCAUCAUGCCUCAACUAACCCAACGACUCAGCAAAAUCAUGUCUUCCCGUAAGCAAGUCCACAAGAAGUCAAUCCCUCAGAAGGUUGACGCUCCCUCUCCUGUCGACAAGACACAGCGUCUCGCUGCCAAAUGCGCAGAGUACACCACGCGCUACGUCAAGUCGUCUCCCUGCCAUUACAGGACGCCGACAUUCAGCACCCCUGAAGUCGACCUCGAGACGUUCAUCUACCGCCUCCUAAGCACAUCAGACGCACCACUCCUCACCACCGUCUACGGCACACUCGCGCUCAUGGGGCACAUAGCCGAAUCUGGCUUAUGUCGGAAAGCAUCCUCGUCCCCGCACCACUUCUUCCUCGGCGCGUUCCUCGUGAUGACCAACAUCACUUGGAACACGAUUUGGGACGACGAGCCCUGGGUUGCGCGCACGGAGGGGUUGGUGCCUCUCAGCGAAGUGGAGGUUUUGAGAGACGAAGUUGAAGAUGCGCUGCGUGUUGCGGGGCGAUCGCAGUGGGACGUGCUCAACGAGAUCAUCAACUCCGAGCUCAAGACCCCCAUCGUAUCCGCAGAGCGCACGCACGAGGUCAUGCACCUCGACCCCAAGUGCAGUGCGUACUGCGAGACUGUUUUCACCCGCUACACCACCGGCAGGACCACCACUUCGGUCAAGAUAUGCCACUUCUACAAGUUGAAGAUGGUGGGAGGCAAACAGGUCCCUGAUCGCUCAGAUCCUUGGUCUUCGAAACCUUCCCAUGAAACACGUUCAUCCGCCUGA